UCGUCGCCCGGGCUAUCUUUCCAUCGCUACGUUAAGACGUCCAGUAAGAUAUUUCUGAGUAGCAGUGUUUUCAAAAGAUUUCGAAGAAAAGGAAAAUGGAUUGUGUUUAUAUUCCAGAUAUUUACCACAUUACUUCAGUUUCAAAUAGAACAAUCGAUGUAUUUGCUACUAUCAGCGAAUUUCUUGAGGUGAACUUCCAUUCGGGAACAGAUUUCCCAAGACAACAAUUACAUGGCAUCAUGCAUGAAAUGGUGAAUUACAAAAAGAAUACGGAUUUUCCGGAAAUUAACAAAUUGCUUUAUCUCCUAACUGAGAUGGUUUUAGGUGUUGUCGAAUCCCACCAAUCAAGCAGUUUUGAUUGUAAGAAGUCCUUUGCUGAAACAAUUCAAAGCAAACUCCUUAAACUGGUUCCAUCAUCUGACAGGAUGCAGCCAAUCCCAACAUUUGAUCAUGUAAAAACUGAGGAAUAUUAUACAGAUGUCGAUGAAAUGUAUAAACUGAUGAGAACACACAAACAUAUAUACAAAGACAUGCAAAGACAACAAGAGAUAUGUUGGAGUGCUAACAGUAAGGUGAAGACAUACGAAUUAUGCUUGAAGACAGCAAAGAUGUCACGAAACUACAUGGCAGAUAAACUAUCUAAAACAAAACUGAAAAGACGAGAUGAAAGCAUUCAGAUUUUGCAGAAAAUACUUAACGAUAAAAUGGAGAAAGCAGCAGAAACAGCCAACACAUACCAAACCUUAAUUACAAAGGAGAAAGCAACAAGAAAUGCCUUGAGAUUGAUUGAAAGAAACCUUGUGGACGAUAUCAAAUUCAACUUGAUCGAUCGUAUUCAGAGCGGACUAGUAUCUAUGAAGUACAUCUUAGCCUCACAGACUAAUAAACUUUAUGAAUUACUUCCAAUCAUUGACGAUUUUGACUGCCGACUAGCUGCAGAGUCAAUUAUAGAGAAGCUUAGUUCCAAAUACCAAUAUAACCCACCACAGGAAUUUCACAUUGCAAACGGAUUUAAUGCCAAGCUACCAGACAUACGAUUUGUAAGUUGCAAAGCAUCAAAACAGUUACAGAAGGAACAACAAUCAGAGCAUCAUUGUGAACAGAUAGAAGAACAACGUAAUAAUAACAACGUCAGUUACCAAGACAACCAGUUCAAGUUUUUAAGCAACACUUACGUGAACACAAAAGAUUUGUCAGAGAAACUGAACGAGUGCUUUGUCGAAAUAACCAAAGGGAUGAUCGUCAAGUUGAAGAUUGCCACAAACGAAUCCAAAGUUGCCUUUGGUUGGUAUAAGUCAAAUCCAUGGAAUCAGAAGAGAUGGGGAUUCUUUUGUAAAUCCACUACAACAUAAAGAGGACAUAAAUAUUGAUGAGAUGAGGAUUUGUCCAAAUUUUAUUUAUGGAUGGAUUUUAGCUACGUGUGCUUUGAUUAUGGUUCAUUGUUAUUAUUUUUCAUAUUUUAUCAUAUAUAUAUACUUGUGUGUUUCUAUAUGAUUGGGAGAAUGAGGGCAUAUACAUGCCUGUCUUAUACUUGGGAGUCUCCGUGUAUAUAGGGAAAAUAGGCGUAUAUUAAUGUAGGUUGAGAGAAAGUUGUGUCUUUGGUGGGUGGGAAAAAGAGAGUGAGAGA